GUCCCCUUGAACGCAAAACACGGUCGCAUCAAGUAGUCCCGUUGCCCAGGAAACUUGAAUGCAGCGUCCACCGGCCUUCUCUGUCACGACUAUCGUCAUCCUCCCCGCAGACAAGUGAGCGCAGCCGGCAGGAGAGUUCCGGACACGCCGCCCCCACUACCAUACCCUCCACCGGAUUUAGCACAAGCAGCGCCAGCGUGACCACGACAAGACUAACAACCAAAAGGGAGAAACGAAAAACAGGCCGUUGGAGGAAUGACUGUGCCGCUUACGUGGGCGAGUUAAGGAUAUUUUCAAACGUUACGCGCCGCCCGCCAACUUUUGUCGCUGAAUCCGCCACUUCGCGUCCGAAAGCCGGCACGUCGGAAUGACUUCGAAAACGAAAGUGAAGCAGUGGGCCGAGCUGAAACUAGCCGGCAAUGAGUGCUUCAAGACCGGCCAGUACGGAGAGGCCACCCGCAUCUACAGCCUGGCCAUCAGCGAGCUACACAAGUCGAAUCCAAAGAACGUGGAGGAUUUGAGCGUGUUGCACUCCAACCGCGCCGCUAGCUACCUCAAAGAAGGAAACUGCGCCGAAUGUCUCAAGGACUGUAACCUUUCUCUGGAGUUGGUGCCGUUCAACGUGAAGUCUUUAUUGCGCCGGGCGGCCGCCUCAGAGGCUCAGGAGCGUUACCGCCUGGCCUACGUGGACUACAAGACCGCACUGCAACUGGACGCGCACCUCGUGGCCGCGCACGAGGGAGCAAACAGGUACACGCUGCAUACAUAUUAUAUUCACGUCGAGGUAUUCCCAACACUCGCUGAUCCCAUCGUCCGACUUUCCGCCGCGCCGCCGCAACGCAACGGCAUCGCGCGGAACCACGAUCUGGCCGCCGAGGAGGAUCUCCGGCGAGCCGGGUUGCUUAAGGAGGAAGGCAAUGCGCUGGUUAAGAAAGGGGCGCACGCCCAGGCUGCCGAAAAGUACACGCAGAGCAUCUUCCACUACGGCAAAGAGGCCGCCGCCUUCACCAACCGGGCAUUGUGCUACUUGGCGCUGAAGCGCUACCACGAUGCGGUCGGCGACUGCGGAGCGGCGCUCGCCAUCGAUGGCGCCAACGUCAAGGCGCUCUACCGACGAGCGCAGGCGUACAAGGAGCUCAAGGAAGUGAAAAGUUGCAUCCGAGACCUGAACAAGCUCCUGGAGGUUGAGCCAAACAACACUGCCGCCAUCAAGCUGCUGCAGGAAGUGCAACAGCAGGAACAACAACAACCUCCGCAGGAGAAGAAGAAGAAGAGCAAGACCAAGAAGAAUAAAAGGUGAAAGAAAAUGAUCCGGGGCUAUCCCAAUUGCCAUGAGGGUGCAGACGUAUCAGUUUUUUUUUUUUAAUCAUUUUGUGGUUUUAUUCAAGCAAAGUCAAAACAGUCACAAUCACGUGCACACGUUAAGCAAUAAAACCAUCAUACAAGCAAA